AAUUAUAAUAGAAAUUUAUUUAGAAAUUUAGACUAAAAUGAUGACGACUUCCAGAGAUUUCACGGCAAAAGUAGUGCUGAUCACCGGCUCAAGCAGUGGUAUCGGUGCUGUCACUGCCGUAGAGUUCGCUCGACUCGGGGCUCAAGUGGUAGUCACCGGUCGCAGGAGGGAUAGGGUGUCCGCUGUGGCCAAACAGUGCGCUGAGGCGUCGCCUACCGGUGCAAAAGCCCUGGAAGUGGUGGCCGAUGUCACCAACGACGACGACUGUCGCCGAUUAGUCUCCGACACUAUUAAGACGUUCAAAAAGUUGGACAUUUUAGUCAACAACGCGGGUCGGGGUGUAGGGUCGAGCAUAAGGGACGGGGAUAUCCUCGAUAAGUAUGAGCUCAUUAUGAACACAAAUCUCCGGUCAGUCGUACGGUUGACUCACUUAUGUGUCGAGCAUUUGGAGAAAACUAAGGGUAAUAUCAUUAACAUGUCAAGCAUUUUGGCCAUUAAACCGAAAGGGCUUUUCCAUUACUCAAUGUCGAGGGCGGCGCUGCAAAUGUUCACAAAGUGCGUAGCGCUUGAGUUGGGCCCCAAAGGCAUCCGGGCUAACGUUGUCCAUCUCGGUCCCACAAACACAGAGGCUAUGAGAGUGCGUCUAAUAGCAAAUAAUGUAAUAUCUGAUGAUAUAAUGGAGUGGAUGGCAAAGAUCCCGUUGGGACGGGCGGGUGAGCCCAUGGAUGUGGCAAAAGUUUUGUUGUAUUUGACGUCAAAUGACGCGUCGUUUGUGACCGGAUCCAACUUCGUGGUCGACGGAGGCCUACACACUGUAUAACCCCC